AUGAAACUUGACAUGUGUUUGUCCACCCAGAGUGUCACAAACUUAAAGUGUGACAAACCAGAUGAUUAUCCAGAAAUGCAGGUGGAUGAUGGCUAUCUUUCCAAAUCUGUGUUUGAUGACGGGCAGGACGUGGAAUAUAAAUGUGCUCCAGGUUACAUGCAAACGGGUGGCAGUCGAAAAUCUUACUGCAAGGAAGGACACUGGACUCCCUUGAAGAUGAAAUGCCACAAGAUUAAGUGCAAGCCAUUGAGUGCCAUUCAUCGUGGACGAUGCAUGCCGGAGGGAGACUCGUAUGGUGAUAAAGCUGUUGUGAAGUGUGAUGAAGGACUGAAUGGAGAACAGCAACUCCGCUGUGGAGCAGCUGGUUCAUGGACACCAAGUGUUCCCACCUGUGAGCCAGUGAGCUGUCCAGACAUUGAUGUUGCCAACGGUCAGGUCACCUCACCAGCGGUUUCGUUUAAUGCCGUUGUUCAGAUUAUCUGCUCUCCUGGAUUCCAGCUAAAUGGAGAAUGGCUACUCCGCUGUGGAGCAGAUGGUUCCUGGACACCGAAUGUUCCCACCUGUGAGCCAGUGCUCCAGGAUCCACAGUCUCCCCAGGAUCCAGCAUCAAGGUCCUGUUCAGCACCUGUGGUGGUAAAUGGAGGGAUCAAAGGUGGAGUGAAGCCAUUGUACAAAAUCCGUGACACUGUGAUCAUUGUCUGCAAGGCUGGCUGUUAUAUGGGAAAUACAUGGCAGCCCAUAGAACUGGAGAGAAAUUCCAGAGGACAAUCUAAACUGAUUAAGGCAAAUUUGGAGUUUUGCUCAAACCCUGUAGCGCCUUCUGUGAUGUAUAAUGGUUCUUGCAUGUAG